AUGGAGUGUGUGGCCGUGGUUCUGCGUGCAGGUUUAUCCAUACUCCGAAGGCAGGCACUGCGCCGAUGGAGACUACUCCACCAGGAUCUUCUUUACCGGAACCUUUCACUACCGGAAUCUUUGCUGCCGAAAGCUCUUGCCCAAAGCGGUCGUGGUGAUGAAAGCGAGUCCGAACCUUUACAAAAGAAUGACGACCGCACGUGUGCCGAGUGUGAAAAGCCUGGCACCGCUAUGUGGGAAUGUCCACGAUGUGAGGACUCUUUGUACUGUGACGAAUGUAAUGCGGCGGUGCACAGUGCUCGCGUGAUGAGCAAGCACAAGCGCAAAGAGCUUCCGUUAUUGCCAAAGCUUCCUUGCUGUAUUGAAUGCGAAUCAGCGACAGCUAGUGUGCGCUGUGAGCAAUGUGAAUCCAUGUUCUGCGUGUCGUGUGAUGCCAGUGUGCACAAGUUCAAAAGUUUGCAGAGGCAUGUCCGCGUUGAUCUAUCACGUGACGAUAAAGAAAUCAGCUCGAAGACGACCGCGCCAGAGCAAAAGAAUAGAGUACUUGAGAAGAAUGAGAUGGAAACGAUCGAGGCGGCUCAGCUGGUGAAGACUGCGCCACGAACUAAGCUCGUCGAAGCUGUGCCUUAUGUCGAGAGUAUACCGCAACUUGAGUUUUCUAGUGACUCGGACUCGUCGGAAGAUGAAGAGAUGGACGAGCCGUUGGCUAUGCCGCCUGGAAACAGCCAUUUGACGACUGCCGUUACUUCAAUCGAAACGGAAUCUAAUGAGGACUUUGAUGAUGUCAAGCUGCCAGUUUCAGCACCGAUAACCUCUCCUUCAGCCGUCGAAUCACAAUCGUCUCGGUCGUCGGGUUCUGGAACUGGUACGGACAAAUCUUCUACCAAGGUCCGUGCUUUGCCCGCGUCGGUUCGAAAAGUGGAGUUAUCAUCGGAUUCUGAUAGCCCCGACGAUGUAUCAUCCGAACUGACUCGAGCAUCUGCUUCGUCGCCAGAAGAAGCCGCAUCGCCUACGUCUGAAGACGACAGCGCUCCUUCCAAGUCUUCUACAAAGCUCACAAGAGCUCGUAAGCCAGCUUUGGCGGAAAUAUCUUCUGAAUCUGAAAGCGGUUCUGACGAUGACCCUCCGUCCAUACCAGUGGUAAAGCGGGCGAAGAAAGCAGCGCAGAAGAAGAAAUCGUCUCUCGAGUCUUCCGGUAGCUCCAAAGACUCGGCUUCAACCAAAGCAGUGGAAAAGAAGACGAAGAAGAGGAAGGCAUCUGCUUUGGAGCCAGCUGGGAAGAAACUGGCGUCGGUAUCAUCAUCCAGGUCGUCGAGCUCCGAGGACAAAGUUUCUUGGGCUACAUCUGCUAUCAAAGGUACUCCUGUUCCUCGCCGUGCUCCAGUCAGCGUUAGAAACAACAAGGCGGAAGGCAUCUCAAGUGGCAGUUCGCACACUUUGGUCAAGAAGAUUGAGGCUUUCAAGGAUUCAGGCGAACCGGGUGAGCUGCACUUGAAUGCCAACUUGAACGGCUUUGAGCGGCUGCUUGCACACGACUGUGCUGAGCGCCUCGGUCUUGCACACGAAAGCACUGGGUCCGGGCUCGAGCGUCACAUCAUUAUCUCGCGCCAAUGUGCGAAACGAGCCGCUGUGGAUUCUGGCAAUCGAUCUAAGACCAAGAAGAGCAAGCACAGCCGCCACUAA